AUGUCCUUGGAGGGCAAAAGAUUGCCGCUGAUUUUCGUAUUUGCCACAAAAGUAUACGCCGCGUUGGCCAGUCCAUUGCCAGCACAAAGUGAAGUAUAUAACAAGACAGCUGCUAAAAAUGAGAGUGUAAAAGCCAAAGUUAGCAACUAUUUUCUGCACGAGCCCUACGGUCCCAACACAUAUGCCUUUGGCUACGAGGUCGAUGAUCCGCAGACACAGAACUCUCAGUUCCGAGAAGAAAAACGCUUCGUGAAUGGCAUCAUCCAGGGAAGCUACGGGUAUGCAAGGCCCGAUGGACGCAUUGAGGUCACCAAAUAUAAAGCGGAUGAGGAUGGGGGCUACUCUGCCCAGAUUGAAAUUUUCAAAGCGGGGGAUGAGAGGGUGAAAGCAGUUUGGCCCACCGAAAGACCCGAUAUCCUUGUGGAAAGAAGCAAAUCAGAAUCCCCUUCGAAUGUCACCUGGGAUCCCAAGAGCCAUCUCAACGUGAGCGUCUCCCAUGUGGCAGAUCAUGUGGCCCAACAGCUGAAGGAGCAGCACGGACUCGAUCUGAACCACAUCGAUGUGACCAAGGAUGUACUGAACCCAGCGGUGCUCGAUGUGAUCCAGGGCAAGGCCCCAGCUAAGGGUCGUCCGGUUCAGAAUUUAAUACCCCAGCAGUUUCCCAUAGUUCCCUUUCAACUGCCAGCGGAUCAAGAAACCACCAAGGCCACCGCCACUGCAGAACCCAAGAAAACCGAAAGUUCAAAAUACAAUCGGGCCAAAACCAACAAUGCCGAGAAGGCUCCUCAAGUCGAGGAGACGGAGGCCAGCUUACCACCGCCCAGGCCACUGGUCAAUAGCAGUCUAAGCCAUGCAAAUUGGCAGCAGCAAACCAUUGAGGCAAAUCGCCGUGAGUUCCUGACCAACCUAAGUGAGGCCAGGCUAGAGUAA